AUGGAUGUCUCUUUCCUCUCUGAAUACUUCCACUACCCGGACUCCAAGUCCAAGGAGUAUAAGGACUGUCGGCAAAACACAACCAACCGAUUUGGGGAGAUCAUGGGUUGGGUGUCGGCAGUGUUCUUGCUUGGUGUGACUUUUCAGAACUAUUUGCUAGCCACCGGCCAUUUGUAUUUCAACAAAGUGCAUGUUUUAGGGCCGAUCAAUAGUAUGUGUGACCGCAUCAACAGUUGCGGGAGAGAAGGCAGCGUCAUCAAUCGUAUACUCCGAGGCAUCACGAAAUUCCUCAAGCACACGGCUUACGUUUCAUAUUUGAACCUUCUGGCCAUCACUCAGAUCGUUCUCUGGUCGUCAGUCUUCACCGUCUUGGCGCUCCUGGACAUCAAUGGCGGUGACUUGAUCUUCUUGGCCAAGCGCUUAGGGCGCUUGUCGGUUGUGACUUUACCAACGGUGUUCUUCUUGACCAUACGGCCAUCUCCCUUGCCCAACACCCUCUAUUUGAGUUUGCUCCCAAUUCACAAAUGGCUAUCGCGUGGUGUUAUAGUGCUUGCUAUAAUACAUACCAUCUUGUACCUCGGGUUUUUCAGCAAGAAUGGAACAUGGCAGAAAGCGUGGAAACUCGAGAAUCUCUACGGCUGGGGUUCCUUGGCUGGGUUUCUCAUGAUCAUCGUCACUUCACUUCUGAAGAUUCGCGAUCGCACGUAUAAGCUUUUCUUCUUUAAUCAUUACUUCUGGAGUUGGGUUAUCGUUUUGCUUCUUCCUUUCCACGUAAGGCCUGUUAAGACCACAUACGUGAAUAUCUUAAACAUAGCCAUUUUGGCUUACCAGAUUUUUUACAGAGUGCAAAAUACUAGAACUUCUGAAGUUGGUGAUUUCAAAGUGACUCAUGUAUCACCGAACUUGGCAUUGGUAGAUUUCCCCAACAACCUUAUAAAGAUCAGGGCUAAUAAUCCUGGUGCUCAUGUUCGUAUCACUGAUCACAGUGGCAAUAUUCUCAAGCGUCUUUACAAGCAGAUUAUUCCCAACUACCACCCAUAUACAUUGGUUUCGUUACCGCUGGAUCGGUCGCAGAAGCUCAUUGUACGUAAAGGUGCAUUUCAAUGGGUUGACAGUCGCAGAUAUAAAGUGUGUGGCUCAUUUGACCCAAAUUUACUACUUGUCAAAACAAGCAACAAUGAAAAUUCAAGGUUCUCUAUAUCGAAGUUGGGAAUUAAUGCGAGAAAAAUGCUAAUAGUUGUUGGAGGCUCCGCAAUAUCGUUUGCAAUCCCUUUGUUGAGGGUACUGAACUAUCAUGGCGUCCCUGUUAAAAUACUUUGGGUGAUUCGUGACUAUAGAGAUAUAUCCAUCCUUCGCCAUUUUGAAGGCUAUCUUCAUGGGGACGACUUUGAAAUUUUCGUUACUGGCAAUCCUUCCGAAGUGUCUGAAUCAUCGCCUCUCUCAGGAAUGCCAAGCUACGGAACUUUCCAACUAUUGUCAAGGAAGCCCUCAACGUGUGGCUCGGAGCACAAUGAGCAUUCGAGAUUGACAUACACUCUUGAUGAGGAAUCAAACUUGAAUCAGGAGCUGGAGAACGUUGAUGUCGACUUAUCAGAUGAAGAUAUGCUGGACGAUGAAGAGAAUCGCGAUUGCACCAUUCAGCUGCUCAGUCCACUCAGUCAGUACAAUGAACAAUUCGAGGAUAGCAUCGAAUUUGAUGAGGAUGAUGCUAUCGGUCAAGACAUGAGGUCCACAUUAACCCGUAAAUCCAGCAGAUCCCAUUCCAUUAAUGAAAGAUUCAACAUCGACUUAGAAAAGGGCAAUGUAUCGCAUACCCAGUUCGAGAACACUGUGAAAAGACUAAAUUUGGAGAACCGCAUCUAUAAAGGCAGGCCAAAAUUAAACUACCGUUAUUACAAUUGGUGCGUCAAUCAACAUGAUAUCUUUACACAAUGCUCUGGGCCGCAACAGUUGGAUGGAUCUGGCCUUAUUUGUUGCAGAGAUAUUCCAGGCAGAAACAAAAUAAGAACAGAGCAAAGUCUUCCAGAUGCUGAGAAAGUAUGGGUGAUAUCGGCCGGUCCCAAGUCACUUGUCAAAAACGUGAAACUUUGGGCCAGUGAGAAUGGGCUCAAAUACCAUGAAGAGGCAUUUUACGUAUGA